GUUUCAUAAGGCUUAGGCCUUAUAGAAACUGCGUGCCCCAACUUGCUCAAACCGAGCUUUAAUGGUUUUUCUUUUUCCAUUAAUUUCUCUAGGGUUUUAGAUUGUUUGCAGGUAAGCACUAGAGUUUGUUCAUUGUUGCGUUCCAACAGAAGAACCAUACGCGUUCCUCUCAUCUCUCCCUCUCUGCAACUUGUAGUUGUCAAAAAUGGCGGACGUCAUCCAGUUCAAACUGGAGAAAAUGCUCGAUGAGCUUGACGACGUGGUUAAACGAGGGAUUUUCACAAAACCUGAGGCUUCCAUGAUUCUGAAGAAGAGAAGGGAUUUUGAGUACCGGCUGAAAAGGCCCUGCUCUCUUAAGCAGGACUAUCUGGCCUAUAUACAUUAUGAGAAGCAGCUUGAUGCUCUGAGAAGGCUGAGAAAGAAGGCUUCCAGGCGGCAGGAUACGGAGGAUGAGAAUAAGAGGAAAAGGAAGAAGUCUCUCUCUGACUUUACUGGUGUUUUGAGGAUAUUGGAGACAUACAAGAGGGCGGUGACCAGGUUCAAGGGGGAUUUGAAUAUCUGGUUUGAGUAUUUGGAGUUUUGCAGAGAACGAGGCCAUGGCCGAAUGAAGAGGGCACUCGCUCAGGCACUCCGUUUCCAUCCAAAUGUCCCUGGCCUUUGGAUAUAUGCUGCUGCCUGGGAGUUUGGGCAGAAUUUAAAUGUUGCGGCUGCUCGUGCACUAAUGCAAAGAGGGUUGAGAGCAUGCCCCUGGUCAGAGGAUCUUUGGGUCGAAUAUCUUCGAAUGGAAUUGACUUACCUCAAUAAAUUGAAGGCUCGGAAGUUGGCUCUAGGAAACGGUUCAGGAAGUUCAGUUAAGGUUGAAGAGGAUGAUUGGAAAGAACAAAACAAAGAUUUAUUUAUGUCACUAGAUAAUGGAGAUGAAAAAUCAAAUGAUGGGGACAUUCAAGAAGCUAAGGUGGAUGAGGAUUUGGAUGCUAAAGCUAAGGUGGAUGAGGAUUUGGAUGCCCUUCGAAAGCAGGGCUCUGAUAUCAUACGGACUAUUUAUGAUGCAGCAGUUGAAUCCCUUCCCCAUAACCUAAGUUUAUGCAAGAAAUUUAUUGAAAUUUUGGAAAAUGCAGAUGUAGCAAAUAUGGAUGGAAUAAAGGAGGAUAUGACAAGUAGUAUUCACAAGGAGUUCUUGAGGGAUGAAAGCUAUUGGGACUGGCUAGCAAGACGUGAACUUUCUAGAGGAGACAAGGAAAGAACUGAAGAAGAUAUGCUUUGUCAAUUGAAUAAAGCAGUGCAAGUUUAUGAAGAAGCAUUGAGUGUUGUUCCUUCUCCCAAAUUGUUUGAGCUAUAUGCUGCCCUCUGGUCUGAAAUCAUUGCUUCUGAAGGAGGUUCAGAAGUUGUUGGUUUCAGCAACUUAGUGUCCAAUGUUCCACAGUUCAUAUCGACUUUAUUGGAAGUUUAUGAAAAGGCUGAGUCUUGUGGGUGCAUGACCCCGGAUCUUGCCCUACAGUAUAUUUCCAUGUACUUGAAGCUUGGAAAAUUGGAGGAAGCCAGAAAACUGGCAGCAAAGCUUUGCAUUGGUGGAAGCUCAGGGAAAACAAAAUUGUGGCUUGGAAGGCUUUUAACUGAGAUAAAGUGGGUGACAACAAAGUCUGCUGCUAUAAGUAAGGAUGAUCAGCAGUCUUUAUUUGAGCUCUUCAAGUGCAUUUUGACAAAAUUAACGAUCCCAGAAGCUGAAAGCUUAUGGCUCAUGGCUUUGAAGAUUUUCUCAAAUCAGAGGGACCAUAUUGACAAACUGGUGGAGAUUUGUUUGAGACAGCUUGCCGGUGGAGGUGACUGUGAAGCAUGUGGGUCAGUAUCUUGUGCUCUCCUGAAUUGUGCUCUUCAAAGAGGAGGAAUUCAGCGUGCAAGAGAUAUAUAUAAGCAAUUCCUGGCUCUGCCCCAUCCAAGCCUUGGGAUCUACAAGUGUUGUAUUGAAUUGGAAUCAAACCUCGCAUCGCUAGGCGAUGGUCGCUCUCUUCAAAAUGCUCGCAAAUUGCAUGAGUCUUGUCUCAGUUUCUAUGGCCAAAAUGCUGGAUUGUGGCGGGAUUAUUAUUUUUUGGAGUUAAAGGUGGGAACACCCAAAACUGCUAGUGCGAUUUAUUGGCGGGCAAAGAAGACUCUCUUUGAUGCCAGUGAGUUGUUCCAGCCGUGCCAUCCUUGAUGUUCUCUAAUGCCGGCUAGUCUUGUAUUCUGUCACUUUCUCAUUUUUUAUUUAUUGAGGGAUAGUUUGUAAUCUAGAAUGCUGAAAAUUAAAAAAAUUGGAAAAGAGAAGUCGAGAAAUUGUCUUUGAUAAAUAAGCAUAUAUUUUUUCAAUCAAGUUAGGCCCUCUCUCUCACACAUGCACACAAAGACACACACACACCCAUGCACAGGCACACAUUACAUUUCGUGUCUGGCUUCUUGAAGGGAGGGCUAGCAUGAAAGAACUUCCAGUAAUAGGCUAUUACUGGUAUCUAUUUUGGAGCUCUUACUUCAGUGUAGCUAGACUUGCCUAUAUGAGCCAGGGGUUUCUAUUACAGUAUGAAAAGGUGAGUAAAGACAGUGAGCACUGGCAAUGGAGGAAAUGAGAUGCCAAGUCUGUACGCAAAAGAUGGUAUUCACAUAUUUCAGGUUUUGGGAAUACCUUGUUCACAUAUGAAGAAUGAUCAGAUGCAGGUAAAAUUGUCAUAAGCCGAAGUUUUCCGCCUUCAACAUUAUGACUCUCGAUAAGGUGAGCUAAGGCUCCAAAGAUUGAGGACCCUAUGUAUCAAGAGGUCGAUGCAUUGAAAUGUGUUCUUAAACUAUUGUUCUAAUGUCAUAUAAUUAACAUUUAAUAAUUGAUAUUGCCUUGGGAGAACUUUCACUGCUG